CCAGACAAGCAGGGCCCAGAUGUGUCAGUGACUGAGGCGGAGGAGCACUUACACAGGUUCAUUGAGGUCAACCAGGCUUGGAAGGUCCUGAGCAACAAGGAGACAAAUUCAAAGAGAGGGUGUGAUCUGCAGUUACGUGCCGGUGAACUGAAUCAAGGUUGGCCAGUCGAUGCCCGUGUCAGUCUGGACGACAUGACUUCCGAUGACGAUAACGAGGUGUAUGCCUAUGGCUGUUGCUAUGGAGGGGAGUUCUCCAUUGGAAGAGAGGCAGAGGAUGAAAAGGCCAUUUUGCGCUGUGACACCUGUUCCCUCAGCAUAAGAAUUGUUGCGAAGAUACUGGAGGUGAAGGAGUCCUGUAGCUCUGUGGCUUUCGGUGUGAAUGGCAGCCGUAACCUGAACCCCCUGUCAAAAAGUUGUGUGACCGUGCUUCUUGCUCCACCACAGGGUGACCCCAGGGUGUGGGAAACGGGCCCGUCCAUCCCCUCGCUGAGCGGAUCAAUAAGCAUUGGACACAAUAUCGACCCGCCGUCCCCCCAAAUGACCAUCAGGGAGUGA